AUGACUGGAGAAGUUGUGGAAAGCUGGGGAAGGAGCAGCAAUUUACAGAAGAGAAGCAUAAGGGGGAAUGAAACAAGUGUGCAGAGAGAAACCAGUAGUGCUGAGAGAAUGAUCUCCGUUCAUGAGAACCUUCUCCUCGUUCUAGUCCGUGGUUGGUAUUUUGUGUGGCAUCUUUUUUUAUCAAAAUUCAAGUUUCUCCGAGAACUAGUGGGAGACACAGGAUCCCAGGAGGGAGAUCAUGAGCUUUCAGGGUCUGAAACCGAAGAAGACACUUCAUCUUCUCCACACAGGAUCAGAUCUGCUCGCCAGAGGAGGGCACCUGCUGAUGAGGGCCACUGACCCCAGACAUAGUCUUUUAUUAGUGAAUGAUGAAAAGCAGUUGCUAGCCUCUCUUUAGUGACUUGGCCUGGAAAUUUGCUGAAUGACUCAUGAACAUUUGUACUUGGAUUUUAAGUCCAAUUUAGAAAAAGAUUUACAUGUAAGCCAUAUAAAAAUAAAGGGAAUUAAAACCAAAUUGAACCAUUGCAAACUUCAUCUUAAAGAUAAUCUUUUGCUUCACUAGCUUUCUACUUAUUCCUUGGCUCUUGGGCUUAUUUUCUUGCUCUGGUGUGAAUCUGGUAAACAUUACAAGCUUAAAAAACCAUAUUUUAUUAGUCCUAAAAUGUAUACUUUUCUUCGUAUUUUAACUUGUCUAAAAUUGGGAUGCAUCUCAUUACUGUCAACCAGGCGAUAGUCAUGUAAUUAAUCUACCUUGUGCAUGUGCGAAUUUAUAGCUUGUCAUAGUGUCAUCACUUUAACCAACAUGAGUAUUGUUGGUACCAAAUGUGUCAGGUUUAGUUGACAUUUAAAAAUGUCUUCAAAAAGAUUACACUAUGAUUCAGCAUUGAAACGGAAAGUUAUUGCGUACGCAGAAAAGCAUGGAAACAGAGCAGCAGGACGUACAUUUGAUAUCAGUGAAGCAAAUAUCCGUCGUUGGAGAAAUGACCGCAAUUCCAUAUUUUCUUGCAAGGCAACAACAAAAUGCUUUACAGGACCUAAGAAAGGAAGAUACCCACAGGUAGAUGAAGCUGUACUACAUUUUGUCAGUGAAACACGUGCAAAAGGAUUGCCUAUCACACGCCAAGCAAUGCAGUUGAAGGCAGGAGAAAUUGCCAAAACCCUCGGAAUUGAUGAAACGAAAUUUAAAGCAACGAGAGGCUGGUGUGACCGUUUCAUGCGUCGAGCAGGACUGUCGUUAAGGCAUCCAACAUCAUUUUGUCCAAAGCUUCCUGCUGACGUCAAACAGAAGACAGUAGUGGAGCGCUCUUUCAAGAAAUGCUGCAUCACCACUCCUCUUGACAACACCGAGGCGGGUGUUAUGUGGAAGAAUGCAGAUAUCUAUGCCUGUGAUUUGAAAAGUGAUUCAGAAGAGUUGGACUCAGAAUAUGAAGUUAUAGUUAUAACUUAACCAAUUUAUCUCACGCAUUUUCUUUACAUAUGCACAAGAUUGAUGCGAUCAAAGUCUGUGUAACUCUUUAAACGCUGUUUUAAUAGAUAUAAAAUAAACAUUUUCUGUGA